GUUUGAAACUUCCUGAAGUUGAAGCAAAAACUUUCGAUUUUAUUAAAAAUAUUUUCCUAAUAAAAAUUAAUAUUAAAUACAUAAGGAGUAAGGACAGAGUUUCCCACUGUACACCUGGAGUAAAUUUUUUGUUGAUAAUGUGUAAGAAGUAGACAGCUAGUGCUCAACGAUAAUAGGUAUCGUAAAAAAGUGAUGGUGCCUCAGCAGCAAAGACGUAGGCGGCGACGUGCCGUAGUGUCCCGGAAUGCUGAGCGACGAGUGGUGGUAACGAGAGGACCGGGAGGGUUCGGUUUCACAAUAGCUGGGCAGCGACCCUGUGUAGUGUCCGCCGUUGCGAUUAGCGGGCCUGCCGAACGAGCAGGUCUACGGACCGGUGAUGCCCUCCUAGCUGUGGACGGAACCAGUGUGGCUCGCACACCACACACCACCGUGGCUCGGAUGAUCGCGGCGGCCGACGGGCCCAUCGCACUUAGUGUUGCACCCAGAGAGUCCCCGCCGACGGACACUGAGGACACAGAGCCUGAAGAACGAGCGAGGACUCGUAGGAGAUAUCCACCACCACGGAGAAGACCUCAGCAUACUGUCAUACACCAUCCUGGUUGCCAUGCCGCCCCUAGCACAUCCGGUAUAAGUGAAAUAUUGAACAAUCUGAGUCGCGCACAACUAGCGCCAAACCAAACUGCUCGUCUUGAAUGUCGAGCAGUUGUCGGCUAUCUGGGCACGAUAGAGACACCACAAGCAUCAGCGGGCACAGCACCAGAAAACGUCCGCAAUGCUGUCCGGAAACUCCGACAGGAAAGAAGAGCCGCCACUCCUGUUCUACUAUCUGUACUCCCAACCAUACUUUUGUUGCGUCGACCGAGCGGUCAAGUGCUAGCCCAGUACCAAAGGGAGAGAAUAGUGUAUGCGGGCUGCGGCUCUGAAGCGGAUCGACGUUUCUUUGGACUAGUUACUGCAGCUGAACUAACUGAUGUAGAGGCAGAAGAAUCUCACAGUUGCCACGUUUUUGCCGUCGAUCCUCGACUCGCAGAACACACAGAUCACAUGACAAGAGCAAAAGAAUUUCAAAUCACCUGCACUAGAGAUCCAGUCGCAGAACGAUGCUUAGAAUUUCCGCCAUCCUCCGAAUAUGUGGUUGGCGUAAUUCGAGGAAUGUAUUCCUUACCGGCGGAAGAUCGCGCAAGCCCAUUGCAGCAGAUUUCAAAACUAGCAAUAAAAGGCGACAGUCCUACAUUUGGAAACUUUUCGAGGCAAAGUCGUCCAGUAUUCAGACAGCUAAGAGAGCGAAGGGCUUGUCGCAACGAAGAAGUUAGAAUGGAGCCGGAAUUGAUCUCCAACUCUCCUCAGCCGAGCAACCACAGUGAAAUAACAACCACCUCUAGUAACAGCGACUCCGGUAUCGGUUUCAAUAACGAUUGUCGAAACAUCGCCGACAGGAUUUUAGUCGUCGACUUCGGUGGACAUCAGCCAAAUAGAUACCGCCAGGAAGUACUCCGGCGUCCGUUAGGCCUGGCUGGCUGCUUCGAGGCGGAUGGAUCAUUCCUUUCCAACACAACACCUGUCGUUGACGGUUUCGCGGGCCAGGGUAGGCCUCUGAAUUUAGAUGAUGUAAUAUUGAACGCAAAUGAUCUGGCGCGCCAUAUCAGUUCGCGAAGUGAGGACGACAAUUACAACUACAACAAUAUAUACGGCAACGUGCCCUCGAGUUCGCGGGUGAACGGGGCAGUGUACGACCAAGUGUACACGGAGAACGAGGGGCACUACGAGUUCAUACCUGCCAACUUGGAAAUGGAUGAAGUGAACCGCGUGGCUGAGACAUUUAACUCUGUGGAGAUCUACGAGGAGCGCGCGAGGACUGCGGACUUUCAGUCCAACGAGUCUGUGGAGAAUGUGACGGUGGUGUCUGCGACGAGCAAGGCGAGCGGAGACUCGGUGUCGGUGUACUCGACGCGGAGUCACGAGGAGGUUCGCCCCUCCCGCCGCAAGCAUCUGCAGGCGUCGCUCGAUGACAUGCUGGUGCUCGGCCUACGGGAUGAGCUCGACAGUGAUGACAGCAAGUUCUUGCAUCCAUCGAGUGUUAAGUGCAAGGUGCUCAAGUCAAUGAAGGCGUCGAGUUUAAUAUCCAGGACGAAACAUAUGUUGAGUGGGCGAAGCGACAAGCACGUGUCGGCAGGGGAGACGCGGCGGCGGUCGCUGAGCGUGGGAGAGGGGGCAGUGGAGGAGGAGGGGGACAGUCUGCUGCCAGCCGCGGCCAGCGAGCCGGACCUCCGAGACAAUCAGGGUUUCGAUAAACGGAACGGCGAAGGGAGAGGAACAUCACCUUUACUUAUGAAAAGUUGACUGCGGGUAGUUCAAUAUCUGCUGAUAUACGCC